AUGGCCACCGCUUUUGGCUAUUCUAAAUUUAAAGAUGAGUUUGCUAAUACGGGCAAGGCUAAUCAGAUAAUUACUUCUUAUAAAAACCUUUCCCAACAAGAAAAAGAAGCCAAAGAAAAAGAGUUGGGCCUGGUAAAAGGGGAGAAAGGAGAAAAA